UUUUUCAAUUUUGUAAUGGAUAUUUACAAGCAUUACAUCUACAAAUUGCGUGAACAAGCUUUAAAAGAGCCCUACAUCUAUCUUCUUAACGAAGAUAUAAUACCGAAACUGAAACAAUAUAUCCAUGAGCUCAAUGCAAUAUCCUUUAAUGAAGACGCAUAUCACACUUACUAUGGCGAAAUUAAGACCAUUGUCAACAGCUUUAACAUUUAUUGGACUGAUAAAAUGGACGAUGCUAUCAGGGAAGCCGAUAGAUGCAGCCAUUGCAUUAACUUGGCAGAACUAACUGAAAUGGCUCAAAAAACAUUUAAAAUGCACAAAGUUAAACAAGCAGAUUUUGAAAGCGAAUUCCUCCCACUUAAUACACAGUUAGAAGAACAAUUAUACAAAAAAGUUAUAGAUAAAUAUAACACAUUUAUGGAAACCUUUGAAGAGUUUACUGAGAAUCUAAAAAAGCUCGACAAGCAGGAAAAAGUUGAAGCGUUCGCAAAAGAACAUUUUCCGUUUUCUCUGAAGAGAAAAAACGAUGUGUUUGUCUUCACGUAUAAUUUUAUCUCCACUGAAUUAAGUUUGGCUGUUGAUAAAAUUCGCAUAAGUAUCGAGGAGAUUUUCAAACGCCUGGGAAGCAAUUUGCGCUCGGUACGCGAACAGACGGACUCGAGCGUCUCAGACCUGCUCAUGCAACUUUACGAGAAGAAUAAAGAGCACCUGAAUCUGUCCCGGCGAGACAUUCGCAAGUCUGUGGAGAUUGCAGAGGUUCAGCGUAGCAUUGAUCUCAUAAAAGACAAAAUAGUGGAUUCCAAACAACUCCCGAUCCUGCGUCUGCAGGAAGAAUGUAAAUACUGGGAGGACAGGAUACGAGAGUUUGACCACAUCUAUCAGAGCUUGAAAAAGCUUCGCGAGGAAGAGGCCCAAUUGCUUGAACAGGAGAAGCUUUAUAACUCUAUGAAAGAGUGUGAAAUUCCGGAGUCUAAACAAAAGUGCUGGGACAUCAUGGACGAUAAGUUGAAGGGAAAACUGCAAGAAGUAAAGACAUUAAAACUGAACGCUGCAAAGACUUUACAUACAUUUUUCAGCGUUCGAGGUCCAGAUAGGGUUAUGUACUCGGACAACGUCGGCAGAUACUACGUGGACGAAUACGGCCACCAGUGCUACGUGUUUAAUUAUGGACACGUAGUGUACCACGUCAACUGUCAGGGAGAGUACGUUGAUAUUCCCGACAAAGAUAAAUAUUUUUAUGACGAGAUGGGCCGCUUUUACAUAGACAAAAACACGCAGGAAAAACUGUAUAAAGUGGCGCCUUGCUCGAGCUCUUACAGAAUUGAGAACGAUAUAUUCGUGAAGCAAACCAAGGACUGUGGACAUUCAGAAACAAAUAACCCAGAAUGUCGAAUGUUGGUCAGAGAUCCUAAUGAUAAGGUGUUACUGCCACUGAUUGAAUCUCAGAAUAUUAAAGGUAAACUAGACACCGAAGCGGUAAAGUAUCUCUGGGACACAUUUGGGCACGUCCUCCCCGAGGUGUUGCACGACGUGGCAGAACAACAACCCAGGAACCCCAUGCACACGCUGGCUCACAAACUACUUGUGUAUAAAUACAAACAUUCGAAUGAAGAAAUGGAACGCAAAAAGAAGGAAGCUGAUUUGUAUCGCAGUAAAAUAUACCAAGACCGUCUAGAGAAAGCAAGCACAAGUUACAAGGCGUGGAAAAAGAAGCAAACUCGGCGAAGGAAGCCGGACGAAAUCGACGACUGCGAGGAAAACAUGGCGUACAACAUACAAAUACAGAAACGAGAUUGCGUACAAAUGUGUGUUGAAUAUGAUACUUAACAAAUGAUUAGAUAAAGAUUUUGUAAAUGUGUUAAUUUAUUAUUAAACCUAUUUAGCCGACUGUGUAUUUGGCGAGUAGAGCUAA